UGCAACUUAAUUCGAACUUUCACACCUACUCCUCUCUCUUGGCCUCUUAUCUAGUCACCCUCUCUCUCUCCCCUCGCCGACAUCUUUUCCUGGCGCUCACCCCAUGACAAAAUCUGCAAAGAUGGCGUCCAUCUUGAAGCUCUGUGCUCUGUUCAUCACCGUCUCCUUGGGCUCUGUUUCUGCUGACCCUGACCUCCUUCAGGACGUCUGCGUUGCUGAUCUUGCCUCAGGAGUGAAGGUCAAUGGGUUCGCGUGCAAGGCGACCUUUAACGCGACGGACUUCUUCUCCGACGCGCUGGCGAAGCCGGGGCUAACCAACAACUCGAUGGGAUCGCUCGUGACCGCUGCCAACGUCCAAAAGAUCCCGGGCCUCAACACCCUCGGCAUCUCGCUCUCGCGCAUCGACUACGCCCCCGGGGGCCUGAACCCGCCCCACACCCACCCGCGUGCCACCGAGAUGGUUUUCGUGCUUGAGGGCGAGUUGGACGUUGGGUUCAUAACCACCGCCAACGUCCUGGUCUCCAAGUCCAUCAAGAAAGGGGAAAUCUUUGUGUUCCCUAGAGGCCUUGUCCACUUCCAGAAGAACAACGGCAAGGUGUCCGCCGCCGUCGUCGCCGCCUUCAACAGCCAAUUGCCGGGGACUCAGUCGAUCGCUGUCACGCUGUUCGCCGCCACCCCGCCGGUGCCGGACAAUGUGUUGACCAAGGCAUUCCAGGUGGGCACCAAGGAGGUUGAGAAGAUCAAGAGCAGGCUUGCCCCUAAGAAGUAAUUUCAGCUUAUUGUAAUGGAAGUUUCAUUAGUUCAAAUCCAAUGGGAAGAGGCUCUCUUUUUUUUCUUUAUGAAUUGUGGGUGGA